UACAGCGGGUGGGGUUUGUCUGAAUAUGGGUAGGGUUUAAAGUUGCCAGAGUAAGAAGUAACCGGCUCUGGUUCAUCUUCGUGAAUUUAUUUAAAACAAAUAAAUUGCGAUGUCUCGGGGUUCGAGUGCAGGAUUUGACCGCCACAUCACUAUAUUCUCUCCGGAGGGUCGACUUUACCAAGUCGAGUAUGCGUUCAAGGCCAUUAACCAGGGAGGACUGACCUCAGUAGCGGUGCGGGGGAAAGACUGUGCUGUCGUAGUGACGCAGAAAAAAGUUCCUGACAAACUACUGGAUGCAUCUACAGUUACUCACUUAUUCAGAAUAACAGAGAACAUCGGUUGUGUGAUGACCGGCAUGACAGCUGACAGCAAGUCACAAGUACAAAGGGCUCGCUACGAAGCUGCUAACUGGAUGUAUAAGUACGGAUACGAGAUCCCAGUGGACAUGCUGUGUAAGAGGAUCGCAGAUAUAUCUCAGGUGUACACGCAGAACGCAGAGAUGAGACCGCUCGGCUGCUGUAUGAUCGUGGUCGGGGUGGAUGAGGAGUGCGGGCCGCAGGUCUAUAAGUGCGACCCUGCAGGUUAUUACUGCGGCUUUAAAGCCACAGCCGCCGGCGUCAAACAGACCGAGGCCACCAGCUUCCUGGAGAAAAAGGUCAAGAAGAAGUUAGACUGGACCUUCGAGCAGACCAUCGAGACUGCAAUCAGCUGCUUGUCCACAGUUCUGUCCAUCGACUUUAAACCUUCAGAGCUGGAAGUGGGCGUAAUCACCACACAGGAGCCCAGGUUCAGGAUUCUGCCUCAGUCUGAGAUCGACACUCACCUGGUGUCCUUGUCUGAGCGUGAUUGAUACGAUCUGUAAGAAGCAGAACUACGACCUGUCCUGAGUUCAGGUGGCCCUGCACAUCUCUCCCUCCAUGCUGUUUAUUCUGCUUUCUCCUGCACCGCCCCAAUAAAACUCCACUGUUUUUGAAAA